AUGGAAUAUUAUUUGAUGAAUGAUAUUGAAAAUUGGUUUAGUGUUGUAGAUGGAUUUGAGAAACCAAAAGAUGGAUCGGGAGCACCUCUUCCAACCAAGGAUUGGACAAAAGAGAUGGCAAAGAAGGCCCAAGCAAAUGCAAAAGCCACAACAACAUUGCAAUAUGGACUCUCAAAGGAGCAAUUAAGCAAAGUAAGAUCAUUCAACUCCGCCAAAGAGCUUUGGGAAAAGUUCAUUGAAUUAAAUGAGGGAUCAAGCGAAUCUAGGAGGGCCAAGAGAGAUCUUUUGUUGGAGCAACUUCAAACCUUCACCAUGAAAACCAAUGAGACCGUGAGUCAAAUGCAUGGAAGAUUCAAGGAGAUAGUGAAUGGACUCCAUGUAAUAGGUCUUGAGAUUUUGGCUUUCCCGUGCAAUCAGUUUGCCGGGCAAGAACCUGGAAGCAAGGAGAUUGUCGAGUUUGCUUGCACUUGCUUCAAAGCUGAAUAUCCUAUAUUUGAAAGGUUAGUUGUUGAGGUAAAUGGUCGAAAUGCUGCACCUAUAUACAAGUUCUUGAAGUGCAGCAAGGAUGGUAUCUUUGGGGAUAGCAUCAAGUGGAACUUCACAAAGUUCUUGGUCGACAAGGAUGGUAAAGUGAUUCAUAUAUCGCAAUGCGCUAACCACAUCUCCUCUGAGCAUGGAUCGGAGAAGGAUAUCAAGGAGUUAUUGGAAGUUUCCUAG